CCACUGUUGAAGCCGGUGCUUGGAAGUCGGCGCCUUCGUUGUCUUUGCCUUUGACCACCAUGGCGCCUCACAAACAGCCUGCAAUCCAACAGCAAGUCUCCUCUGAUGAGUUUUACAAACGUACCGUCGCACGCAUUCAGGGUAUACAGGGGCACCUCUCUCAGACCCCACGGGGCAAUCGUCUGAAAGGAAAGGUCUGCGUGAUCACAGGUGUCGGCUCUUUGAAAGGCAUUGGCCGCGCAUCGGCCAUGCUCUUUGCACACGAAGGUGCACAACAUCUUUACCUUUUGGACUACUCGGAGGAGAACCUCCCGAAUCUGAAGUCGACGAUAGAGAGAACGUAUCCAGACGUAAAAGUGGCGGUGUUGCAAGCGGAUGCUGCAGAUGAGCAGGCCAUAUCAGGUGUUUGCAAACAGGCCAUGCAAGAAGAGGGACGCCUCGAUGUCUUUUUCGCAAACGCUGGCAUUGCCACCGCUGCCACACUCGACGAUACAGAUGUUGAUACAUGGAACGAGACCAUGAGGAUAAACGCCUUGUCCUGCUUCCUUGCCGUCAAAUACGCAUCUGCAGCGAUGAAAACCCCCAACGCUUCUCGAGGAAAGGAUGUCAGUAGAGGCAGCAUCAUCCUCACUGCAUCUAUCGCGGGUCUCAAUUCUGGCGCUGGUUCAGUAGAUUACAGCGCAAGUAAAGCAGCUGUCAACUCAAUCGCAAAAACCAGCGCAUGGCAGCUACAACGCUCCGACGUUCGAGUUAACUCCAUAUGUCCUGGUUUGAUUGAAACAGGCAUGACAGUCGGGACCUUCGACUAUGCUCGCUCACGAGGCACCGGGGCCAAGAUAGGCCAACUGAAUCCUAUGGGCAGAUAUGGAGUCGCCGAAGAAAUUGCACAAGCUGCUCUAUUCUUGGCUUCAGAUGACUCCAGCUAUGUGAAUGGCCAGAACUUUGCAGUCGACGGUGGUCUCACUAGUUCAGUGCCUGUGGUCCCUGGGAAGUUUGCCUAGGCUGCUCAUGUUCAUUUUCCUAUCUAAAAUGCUAUUUCCGAUUGUACUCUAGUGUCGUGUCUCGCUCUCGCAAUAAGCCUUGAUAUUCAGUCUUGACC